AUGCAAAAAUACAAGAUACUGGGCAAGAAAGGUGAGGGAACAUUUAGUGAAGUAUUGAAGGCUCAGAACAUAGAAACUAAUCGACUUGUAGCUAUAAAAUGCAUGAAGAAACCCUUCAAGUCAAAAGAACAAGUUAAUCGUCUGCGAGAAAUUCAGGCUGUACGACGUUUACAGCCUCAUCCUAACAUUGUAGAACUUAUUGAAGUAAUGUUUGAUAGAUCAACCGGACGUCUGGCGUUAGUGUUUGAAUUUAUGGAUAUGAAUCUAUAUGAACUCAUAAAAGGACGUCGACAAUACCUUAGUGAAGAAAGAAUUCGAAGUUACAUGUAUCAGUUAUUAAAAGGACUUGAUCAUGCCCAUCGUACAGGGUUAUUUCAUCGUGAUAUAAAGCCUGAAAACUUACUUGUAAACGAUGAUGGCACACUUAAACUUGCUGAUUUCGGAUCCUGCAAAGGUGUGUACUCUAGACAACCCUUAACGGAGUAUACCUCCACCCGUUGGUAUCGUGCCCCGGAGUGUCUCUUAACAGAUGGAUACUAUUCCUAUAAAAUGGAUUUGUGGAGUGCUGGUUGUGUCUUUUUUGAGAUUAUGGCUUUAUUUCCUCUUUUUCCUGGUAGCAAUGAAUUGGAUCAGAUUCACAAAAUCCAUAAUAUACUCGGCACUCCUCCUCCUGAGAUAUUAAACAAGUUAAAGAGCUCCGGUACACAUAUGGACUUUGAGUUUCCACAGAAACAAGGUACCGGAUUAGCAAAACUUCUCCCAAAUGCUUCACGAGAAGCUUUAGAUCUCUUGACAAAGUUGCUAACAUAUAAUGAAGAACAACGGGGAACGGCAAAGGAUGCAUUGCGGCAUCCUUAUUUCAAAACUUUACGUGAGUCUGAGAAAAAGGCUCGACGCAUGCGUUUUGAGCUUGAUAAAGCAAAAACGUUAGAAUUAAGAUUAGAAAAUACGCUCCCUCACUUAAGCAAUACCUCCACGCCGAUGAAGUUAGCACAUACAGUGUCAGAGAAUUUUUUUAAUAUUGGGACGGAGAAUGCCACGGGGACACAAGAUCUUAUUAAUAUGCUCUCCUCGUUGCCUAAGAUUUAA